AAUAAAAUUCGCCAUCUUAUGCUAUCUGCAACAAAACUCUACUUCUCUCUUGAAGUUAUCUUAGGUUUAGAAUCUCAUGUUUCAUUAAACCAAGUUCCACUCAUCCUUUGAAGCUGUUUGUUAUUUGUUCAACUUUGUUUGUACACAAGUUGAGAACCUAAGAAAGAUAUCAUCAUGGUGAAAGAUAGGAAAAUUGGUGUGGCUAUGGACUUUUCCAAUAGCAGCAAGAAUGCUCUAAGUUGGGCACUUGAGAAUUUGGCUGAUAAAGGUGACACCUUUUAUAUAAUCCACAUUAACCCUAAUGAUCUUGAUGAAUCUCGCACCAAGCUUUGGGCCAAAUCUGGUUCUCCUCUUAUUCCUUUGAAAGAGUUUAGAGAGCCAGAGGUUAUGAAGAAGUAUGGUGUCCAAAUUGAUAUUGAGGUUCUCGAUUUGCUUGACACUGCUUCCAGACAAAAAGAGGUGAACAUUGUUACAAAGUUGUACUAUGGUGAUGCCAGAGAGAAACUUUUGGAUGCUGUUGAAGAUCUGAAGCUGGAUUCUAUUGUUAUGGGAAGCAGGGGUCUCAGCACAAUCAAAAGGAUCAUAUUGGGAAGUGUCAGCAACUUUGUAGCAACCCAUGCUCCUUGCCCUGUAACAAUUGUCAAGGAAUCUAACAGCACCAGCAAGUGAAGAUGACCCAUAUUUGAAGGAACAUGGCACUUAUUUAUUUAUAUUUAUAAUGACCUGUUUCUUGCAUUGUACUUGAGCUCUAUUCUAUUGGAUCAUCAUAUUCUGUUUUUCAAGUGUUUUUUGUUUUCAAAGGUAAGGGUUGAGAGUAUAAAAUGACAUGAUGGUAUAUUGUUUUAAGUUUCAAUCCUUGACUAUAUCGAAGGAAAUAAGGUAAUUUGUGUGCCA